UAAUGCAAGCCCACAUACGACAUCACUGAACAACAUAAAUUAGAAAGGGAAGCAAGAGCUCAAGUACAGUGUGCGGAGCACCUGCAGACCUGUAGUAGGCUAUAGCCUAUUCAGUCAAUCUGCCCACAUGCGUUUGGACUCUUACUGCACAGCCGGUGGAUAUAAAAUCAUUAUAGGAGAUUUGUUUCCCCUUAAAGUGGCCGUAGAUAUCUCAUCGAACUUGAUUUGACUAAAACACCUCCUGUUCUUGAUGAUACAGUGCUGUUUUUAAACACCGCUGCUGAUAGGAUAUGGCGAGCGUUCAGACGGUGGCCACGCCGGGCGACAGAGCACCUCCUCCCGGCCACAGGCAGCACGGAGCCGCCGCUGCCCCGGGCUACGGUACCGGUGACAUGAUGAUGAUGACGUCUUGCUCCGGAUCGGUGGUGCUGCCUGCCGGGGUGAUGAACCCCUCGGUCCCGAUUCGGAAUAUCAAGACGAAAUUCGCAGUUCUCACCGGUCUCAUUCAAGUCGGCGAGGUCAGCAAUAGAGAUAUAGUGGAAACAGUGUUGAAUCUGCUGGUUGGUGGUGAGUUUGACCUGGAGAUGAACUUCAUCAUCCAGGAUGCAGAGGCCAUCAUCUGCAUGUUGGAGCUGCUGGAACACUGUGAAGUCACAUGCCAGGCGGAAAUCUGGAGCAUGUUUACUGCCAUACUGCGCAAGAGUGUCCGCAACCUGCAGACCAGCACUGAGGUCGGCCUCAUUCAGAGGCUUUUGCUCAGAAUGAGCUCUGUGGACGACAUGAUCGCAGACUUGCUGGUGGAUAUGCUAGGAGUUCUGGCCAGCUACAGUAUCACCGUCAAAGAACUCAAAUUGCUGUUCAGCAUGCUGAGAGGAGAAGGAGGAUUGUGGCCAAGACAUGCAGUCAAACUGCUCUCAGUUCUGACUCAGAUGGCACAGAGACACGGACCAGACACUUUCUUUAACUUCCCUGGGCGAAGUGCAGCUGCGAUUGCGUUACCUCCCAUUGCUAAAUGGCCUUAUCAGAACGGCUUCACCCUCAACACCUGGUUCCGCAUGGAUCCUCUGAACAACAUCAGUGUGGAUAAAGACAAACCCUACCUUUACUGUUUCCGUACAAGCAAAGGCAUCGGCUACUCGGCACAUUUUGUUGGGAACUGCUUGAUUGUGACAUCAUUGAAGUCGAAAGGAAAGGGUUUCCAGCACUGCGUGAAAUAUGACUUUCAGCCCCGCAAGUGGUACAUGAUAAGCAUCGUUCACAUCUACAACCGCUGGAGAAACAGUGAGAUUCGCUGCUACGUAAACGGACAGCUUGUCUCCUAUGGUGACAUGGCUUGGCACGUCAACACCAAUGAUAGUUAUGACAAAUGUUUCCUCGGCUCAUCUGAGACAGCAGACGCUAACCGAGUGUUCUGUGGACAGCUUGGAGCCAUCUAUGUGUUCAGUGAAGUGUUAAACCCUGCUCAGAUAUUCGCCAUCCAUCAACUAGGCCCAGGUUACAAGAGCACCUUUAAAUUUAAAUCAGAGAGUGAUAUCCACCUGGCUGACCAUCAUAAGCAAGUGUUGUAUGAUGGGAAGUUGGCAAACAGCAUUUCCUUCACUUACAACGCCAAAGCCACAGAUGCUCAGCUCUGCCUGGAGUCCUCACCCAGAGAAAACCCGUCCAUAUUCGUGCAUUCGCCUCAUGCUCUAAUGCUACAGGAUGUGAAGGCAAUCGUUACACACUCCAUUCACAGUGCCAUUCACUCCAUUGGUGGUAUCCAGGUGCUGUUUCCUCUCUUUGCACAGCUGGAUUUCCAUCAGCACAGUGAAAGCCAAGUGGAAAACACAGUGUGUUCUACACUCCUGGCCUUCCUGUUCGAGCUACUCAAGAGCUCCGUGGCAAUGCAAGAGCAGAUGCUUGGUGGGAAGGGUUUCCUGGUAAUUGGGUACCUGCUGGAAAAGGCAUCUCGAAUGCACAUCACCCGGGCCGUUGUGGAGCAGUUCCUCGCUUUCGCCAAAUACCUGAACGGCCUUAGCCACGGUGUGCCUCUCCUCAAGCAACUCUGUGACCAUAUCCUGUUCAACGCAGCUAUUUGGAUUCACAUACCCGCAAAGGUGCAGCUCUCACUGUACACGUACCUCUCAGCAGAGUUCAUUGGCACAGCAACCAUCUACAACACUAUCCGUCGAGUGGGGACUGUGCUGCAGAUCAUGCACAUACUGAAGUAUUACUACUGGGCUGUGAAUCCGGCCCACAUCAGUGGCAUCACACCCAAAGGCCUGGACGGUCCUCGGCCCUCGCAGAAAGAGAUCGCCUCCCUCAGAGCAUUCAUGCUGCUCUUCCUCAAACAGCUCAUACUGAAGGACCGAGGUGUUAAAGAAGAUGAGCUUCAAAGUAUUCUCAACUACCUGCUGACCAUGCAUGAGGAUGAGAACCUCCACGAUGUUCUUCAGCUGCUGGUGGCUCUCAUGUCUGAGCACUCUGCCUCCAUGAUUCCUGCAUUUGACAAGAGGAACGGCAUCCGGGUGGUGUACAAACUACUGGCUUCCAAGAGUGAAAGUAUCCAAGUUCAGGCUCUGAAAGUUCUGGCAUAUUUCCUCAAACACUUAGGCCACAAGAGGAAGGUGGAAAUAAUGCACACAAACAGUCUCUUCACACUACUUGGAGAACGACUCAUGCUGCACUCCAACACACUGUCGAUAACUACAUACAAUACACUAUAUGAGAUUUUGACAGAGCAGGUUUGCACACAGGUCGUCCACAAGCCACAUGCUGAGCCCGACUCUACUGUGAAGAUCCAGAACCCAAUUAUUCUUAAGGUGGUGGCCACACUGCUGAAGAACUCCUCACCCAGCACAGACCUGAUGGAGGUGCGGCGUCUCUUCCUGUCUGACAUGAUCAAGCUCUUCAGUAACAGCCGUGAGAACAGACGGUGUCUGCUGCAGUGUUCCGUUUGGCAGGAUUGGAUGUUCUCUCUCGGCUACAUUAACCCUAAGAACUCAGAGGAGCAGAAGAUCACUGAGAUGGUUUACAACAUCUUCCGGAUUCUUCUCUACCAUGCCAUCAAGCACGAGUGGGGCGGCUGGCGUGUGUGGGUGGACACACUCUCCAUAGCCCACUCCAAAGUGACAUAUGAGGCUCACAAGGAAUAUUUAGCAAAACUGUAUGAGGAAUACCAGCGGCAGGAGGAGGAGAACAUUAAGAAAGGGAAGAAGGGGCUUGUCAGCACCAUUUCGGGGCUUUCUGACCAGGCUUCGGCCAUCAAAGGCACUCUGGAGCUGGACCCGGAUUCCCAAACUCAGACUCCUGAGAGUGAAGCGGAUGAACCAGAGACGACAGAUUCUGGGCGGAACCUCUUGUCUGAAACUAAAUGUUUGGAUGAGGAGAACCCAGCAACAGGUGUCCAUGUGGAAGUUCAUGACCUGCUUGUAGAUAUCAGAGCGGAGAAGGUUGAGGCCACAGAGGUAAAGAUGGAUGACAUGGACCUCCUGCCUGUAAUAGAAAAUGGAGGCUUGGUGAAAGUGGACACUCUUCUGGAUAACGUCUACUCGGCUGCAGUGGAGAAGCUAAAUAGCAGUGUAAACAGCAUGCUGGUACCCGAAGCCACCAUAGAAGACAAGAGCUCAGGUCCUCUCAUCACCCUGGUUGAUGAAAAAGACGCCAUUCCCAGCAACAACACCUUCCUUUUUGGCACGAUGGCGACCGGCUCGGGAGAAAACCUCCUUCCUGAAAUGGGACCAUUUGAACCUCUUCUGCUCUCAGGAGUGAAACCUCAGGUCCAUACCAGCUCUAGUGCAGAUCUUGGGCUUCUGGCUGUCAUGACGAAGAGCUCGAAAGAGUUGGACGCUAACCCAACAACUUCAGAGGAUGACCGCUUUAAGAUGCAGCCUGAUUUGAGUUGUUUUAGUGUCUCUGAAGGGGAAAGCCUGUCUAAAUGCCCGGGGCAGGUAGAGACAGUGGCAGUAGAUCUGGAGCCAGCGGUUUCUGGGGUAAAGAACACUGCAGAUGUUACCAGCACCACAUCAGACACAGAGAAAUCAGAUGAUGGCAAAGAUAAAGAGGUUAAGAAGAUUCAGACUACUGCUACUACACAGAGUUUACACGGCCGUUCUGGUAGUCAUCUGGAUAGAGAUCUGCGAGUGGAUCUGGGUUUCAGAGGCAUGUCGAUGACAGAAGAGCAGUGUCGACAGUUCAGUCCCGGUCCCCGCACCACCAUGUUCCGUAUCCCAGAGUUCAAGUGGUCCCCAAUGCACCAGCGCUUACUUACAGAUCUGCUCUUUGCUCUAGAAGCAGACGUACACAUUUGGAGAAGUCAUUCGACAAAAUCCAUCAUGGACUUUGUCAACAGCAAUGAGAACAUAAUAUUUGUACACAACACCAUUCACCUGAUCUCACAAAUGGUGGAUAACAUCAUCAUGGCCUGUGGAGGAAUCCUUCCCCUGCUAUCCGCAGCCACCUCGCCCUCUACUGAAAUGGAAGGCAUCGAGGCGACGCAGGGCAUGUCGUCUGAGACGGCCGUGAUCUUUCUGACCCGGCUGAUGUCCAUGGUCGAUGUGCUGGUCUUUGCGAGUUCACUCAACUUCAGCGAGAUUGAAGCUGAGAAAAACAUGUCUUCAGGUGGACUGAUGCGACAGUGCCUCAGACUAGUAUGUUGUGUAGCUGUGAGGAACUGUUUAGAGUGUCGUCAGCGUCAGAGGGACAGGAUUCUGAAAUCCACCCUGUCCUCCAGUAAGUCUCAGGAGGGCCUGCAGGGCAUGUCCACUGCCAGCAAGGACCCGGACCGACUUCUGCAAGAUGUGGACAUCAACCGCCUGCGAGCAGCAGUCUUUCGUGAUGUUGAUGACAGUAAGCACGCCCAGUUCCUGGCUCUCGCUGUUGUCUAUUUUAUCUCGGUGCUGAUGGUGUCUAAGUACCGGGACAUCUUGGAACCCCAGCGGGAGAUGGUCAGGUCUAUCAGCCAAUCAGGAAGAGGCAUUCGGCAGGAAAUUAUCCCCCCCCCCAGCACAGAGCACCCAUCAGCCCUCUCUGACAGCUGCACGGAUGCCGUUAGUGUUCUGGAGGAGUUCCGUCAGGAGUCAUCCCUCCCUCACUCUGACUCAGGACUGGGGGAUGAGCAGGGGUCCAGUGUGAUGAACGGGGCAGACCUGGACCUCGCCAUGGGUGGUCCGAACGGCUUGAGCGGCCUGUUCUGCACACUGUCAUCAGAAGCCAGGUCACAGGAGAGCCUGACUGAGCCAUCGAUCAUGGAUCACCUCAAACCCGCCUCCAUCUCCAGCAUCAGCCAGUCCAACAAAGGCAUCAAUGUCAAGGAAAUCCUGAAGAGCCUGGUAGCAGCUCCUGUGGAGAUCACAGAGAGCGGUCCAGACACCCUACACUACCCUGACCACCAAGCCAUGAAGAGGGAAGCCCAAGCCAUGUUACCCAUGCAGUUCCAUUCCUUUGACAGGAGUGUGGUGGUACAGGCCAAGAAGCCUCUGGCAGUGAAUACAGUGGGCAGUUCGGGCUCCAGCAGCACCCUGACCUCUGCUAGCACCCCAAACAUCUUCGCUGCUGCUUCAUCCACUACACCCAAGAGUAUGAUCAACACUACAGGAGCCACAGAUGCGUCCACCUCCUCUUCUUCCAGCUUUGUGAAUGGAGUCACCAGCAAGAAUCUGCCUGCGGUCCAGACUGUGGCCCCCAUGCCUGAGGACACCAUGGAGAACAUGAGUAUCACCACUAAACUGGAGCGAGCUCUGGAGAAGGUGGCUCCAUUACUGAGGGAGAUCUUUGUGGACUUUGCACCUUUCCUCUCUCGUACACUGCUGGGCAGUCAUGGGCAGGAGCUGCUCAUUGAAGGUCUGGUGUGCAUGAAGUCCAGCAACUCAGUAGUGGAACUAGUUAUGUUGCUGUGCUCUCAGGAGUGGCAGAACUCUAUACAGAAGAACGCUGGCCUGGCUUUCAUUGAGCUUAUCAACGAGGGAAGACUCCUUUGUCAUGCCAUGAAGGAUCAUAUCGUUCGAGUGGCCAAUGAAGCAGAGUUCAUCCUCAAUAGACAGCGAGCUGAGGACGUCCACAAGCAUGCAGAGUUUGAGUCUAACUGCGCACAGUACGCGGCAGACAGAAAAGAAGAGGAAACGAUGUGUGAUCACCUCAUCAGCGCCGCCAAACACCGUGAUCAUGUGACAGCCAAUCAGCUGAAACAGAAGAUCCUCAACAUCCUCACCAAUAAACACGGAGCCUGGGGCUCAGUAGCGCAGAGUCAGCUGCAUGACUUCUGGCGUCUGGAUUUCUGGGAGGAUGACCUCCGGAGGAGGCGGAGAUUCAUCCGAAACCCUUUUGGCUCCACCCACUUGGACAUCACGUGCAAAUCGCUGGAGGAAUACGGCCCUCAGGAAGAUGAGGCCCUGAGAGGGAGGAAGGCCUUCUGUGGCCAGGCUUUGGUCAACCAGAAUCCUGAGACAGAGCUGAUGCUCGAGGGGGACGAUGACGCUGUCAGUCUACUGCAGGAGAAAGAGGUGGACAACUUGGCAGGCCCUGUUGUUUUGAGUACCCCGGCCCAGCUUAUCGCCCCGGUCACUGUAGCUCGUGGGACUCUCUCUAUCACUACCACGGAAAUCUAUUUUGAAGUGGACGAAGAUGACCCAGCCUUCAGACGCAUUGAUGCCAAAGUGCUGGUCUACUCCGAUGGGCUUCACGGUAAAUGGAUGUUCAGCGAGAUCCGAGCAGUGUUUACCAGACGCUUCCUGCUACAGAACACAGCGCUGGAGAUCUUCAUGGCCAACAGAACGUCCGUCAUGUUUAACUUCCCCGAUCAGCCCACAGUGAAGAAGGUGGUCUAUAGUCUUCCUUGCGUUGGCGUCGGCACAAGUUACGGCCUUCCACAGGCCAGGCGGAUUUCUUUGGCCACCCCCCGUCAGCUCUUCAAGCCCUCUAAUAUGACUCAGCGCUGGCAAAGACGGGAGAUCUCCAACUUUGAGUACCUGAUGUUUCUCAAUACUAUUGCAGGAAGGACAUACAAUGAUCUGAAUCAGUAUCCUGUUUUCCCAUGGGUCCUCACAAACUAUGAGUCAGAAGAGCUGGACCUCACGAUUCCUGGAAACUUCAGGGACCUUUCGAAGCCAAUCGGAGCGCUGAACCCAAAGCGUGCUGUAUUCUACGCCGAUCGCUAUGAAUCAUGGGAUGAGGAAACUCCACCCUGCCACUACACAACCCACUAUUCCACUGCAGCCUCCACCCUCCACUGGCUUGUCCGAAUCGAGCCUUUCACCACAUUCUUCCUAAACGCCAACGGCAACAAGUUUGAUCACCCAAACCACACUUUCUCUGGUAUCGCCCGCUCAUGGAGGCACUGUCAACGUGAUACUGCAGAUGUGAAGGAGUUGAUCCCUGAGUUCUACUACCUGCCUGAGAUGUUUGUGAACAGUAAUGGCUACUGUCUGGGUGACAGGGAUGACGGUGUCCCUGUUUGUGAUGUAGAACUACCAGCCUGGGCAAAGAAACCAGAGGACUUUGUCAGGAUCAACAGGAUGGCCCUAGAAAGCGAGUUUGUGUCGUGUCAGCUGCACCAGUGGAUUGACCUUAUUUUUGGUUACAAGCAACGUGGGCCCGAGGCGGCACGCACCCUCAAUGUCUUUCACUACCUGACCUACGAGGGCUCCGUCAACCUCGACAGCCUCGCCAGUGAUCCCUCGUUGCGCGAGGCCACUGAGGCUCAGAUCCAAAGUGUUGGACAGACGCCAUCUCAGUUGCUUAUCGAGCCACAUCCUCCCCGUAGCUCCGCCAUGCACCUGAGUCCGCUCAUGUUUAAAGAUCAGAUGCAGCAGGAUGUCAUCAUGGUUCUGAAGUUUCCCUCCAACUCUCCCGUCACUCACGUGGCCGCCAACACGCUGCCACACCUGACCCUCCCCGCCGUCGUCACCAUCACCUGCAGCCGGCUCUUCGCUGUCAACCGCUGGCAUAACACCGUGGGUCUUCGGGGAGCUCCAGGAUAUUCACUAGAGCAGGCCCAUCACCUCCCCAUUGAGAUGGACUCACUUAUUGCUAACAACUCAGGCACAAACAAACGACAAAUCACUGACCUGGUUGACCAGAGCAUCCAGAUCAACACUCAGUGUUUUGUGGUGACGGCUGAUAACCGCUACAUCCUGGUGUGUGGUUUCUGGGACAAGAGUUUCCGUGUUUACUCUUCAGACACGGGCAAGCUAACUCAGAUAGUGUUCGGUCACUGGGACGUGGUCACGUGUCUGGCACGCUCAGAGUCUUACAUCGGUGGGGACUGCUACAUUGUGUCGGGAUCCAGAGAUGCCACUCUUUUGCUCUGGUACUGGAGUGGGCGACACCAUAUCAUAGGAGACAACCCUAACAACAGUGAUUACCCAGCUCCUCGUGCGGUUCUGACCGGUCAUGACUAUGAGGUGGUGUGUGUGUCAGUGUGUGCUGAGCUGGGAAUUGUGAUCAGUGGAGCAAAAGAGGGGCCAUGUCUGGUCCACACCAUCACUGGGGAUCUUCUGAGGGCCCUGGAGGGCCCUGACAGUUGUGUGCUUCCCCGCCUGAUCUCAGUGUCCAGUGAAGGUCACUGCAUCAUCUACUAUGACAGGGGUCAGUUCUGCAACUUCAGCAUCAAUGGCAAGCUGCUGGCCCAGAUGGAGAUCAAUGACUGCACGCGUGCCAUCCUCCUGAGCAGUGAUGGGCAGAAUCUAGUGACUGGAGGAGAUAGCGGGGUGGUGGAGGUCUGGCAGGCCUGUGACUUCAAGCAGCUGUAUGUCUACCCUGGCUGUGACGCCGGCAUCCGAGCCAUGGACCUGUCACAUGACCAGAGGACUCUGAUCACAGGCAUGGCAUCUGGCAGCAUCGUGGCUUUCAACAUUGAUUUUAAUCGCUGGCACUUUGAGCAUCAGAACAGGUACUGAGAGCAAUCAGCCAAUGAUGGCCAGCUGCAGCUCGAACGGUAGUGUGCCAUUAUGAAGGUGAUGUAGCAACUAAAGAGAUGGAAUAUGGAUCAGGAAAUGACACGAUGCUAGUUGGAGAAAUCACAGCAGUUUAAGUGUGGUAACCUACAAUAAGAUCCAGCUGCUUGAGCUGCUUAUACGGGUCUCAAAAAAUCCACAGGAGCUGAAGACAGAUGAUAAUUUCAAAAUGAAUAGAGAGAGCACAGAUGGGGGCCAGUUUUUCAUCACAAAUGAUUUUAUCUAAUCAUCUGAGCCAACAAUAGUCUUGUCAACAACAAAAAAAGCCUUUUUACUUGUUGUCCCCUCAUAUUAACUGUAAUCGUGACACUUUGCGUAGAGAAACAAUAACAAUAUUUUUGUGAGGUUUAUUUCCUACUGGCUUGCAGCAAAUUUCACUUUCCCUAGGUUUUUUUUUUCUUCAGGCACUUGAGAGAAAGAAAAGCUAACUGAACAAUAAUACGUAAAAGUCCCCCCUCUGAUGCAGAGCUCAUGAAUGUAAAUGUUCUACAAUAUCUUUUAAACUUGUCUGUGAGGCUGCUUUCUGAACUAUUUUGCAAUUGAAUUCUGUUUGUCCUGUUUAUGCAUUUGACAUGAUCAAAUACUUUUUUGAUAUGAUUACAAAGAGAGCGAGAAAAGAAGAAAAGCUCUUUUGUUUAACGUGACGUCCUCUAAUGUUUGUUCACUCGACCUUCACAUGUGAGGGUGAAUGUUUUGUCUGUUAUGGAUGUAUUUAAUUUCUUCUGGGCGAAUAUUGUAAUUCUUGUGCAGUUUUGUCAUUUAAAGUCAUACAUGGCUUUACACAUAUGAAAAACGGUGAGGUUUUUAGACUGGUAUUUGCACCAAUAACUGGUUUUUGUUUUCAAUAUUUUCACAUUUGCAUACACCAAGCUAUGUACAUAUCAAAAAAAAAGUUUGGUUUUCACAUGGUCAAAAUAUUAAGAUGAAGGGUGUGCGAUACAUAUGAUUUGUUAUAUUCCUUUACUGUCUUAUAUUGUCUACUGGCACCUUUCAGAAUUGCACUUGUAAACAGAGAAUAACAUUGUAAAAUCACUGCUGUAAGCAAUACAUUAUGUAUGUGCAUCUUUGAUUCUCUUACAUAAUGUUAAUCAAAUCUAUAACUCAAGAGUUUAUGAAUCAAAAAAGCUAAACUAUUUUUAUUUGUUUUUGUGCAAAUAUGUGAAAUAUUCUGCUGUAAGAAGCAAAACAUUUAUUUUAUUAUUUUUUUGCCAAUACAUACAUUAAAUAUGGUGCCAUACUUAACAUUUUAUUUACAAGAAUAGAUUUAGAUUUGAUAUACUGAGCAUAGGUUAUUUGUAAAACCUUACGGUCAUAUUUUAAAAUGCCUCAGAUUUCAAAUGAUUUAUUUGACG